AUGACACCAGCAGGGACAGAAAAAUUUGGCGUUUCGCUAGGAGGUACCAGACGCAGUCACAAUCUCGUCGUCGCCGAUAUACGCCCAGAAGCUAUACUGGGACUUGGUUUUCUGAGAAGACACAAAUGUGCCAUCGAUGUAUCACAGAGUAACCUGAAGAUAGGGGAAAUGACAAGAAAAUGCCACACCGUUGGUAGCUUAGGAGUUUGCCGUGUCUCCCUAGACCGUACCAUUACGAUCCCCGAGACCAGUGAAGUGGUCGUAUCUGUACCUGUCAUAGGAUGCAGUGAGGACGCCAGCUACCUGAUUGAACCAGCCGCCACAUUCAAAGAGAAACAUUCCUUACUAGCCGGCCGUACCUUUGUAAAGCUGGAUGAGUCUUCCUGUGUUCCGGUGAGAGUACUGAAUCCAGACCUUGAGCCGAAGACUAUAGGAACUGGUACCCACGUGGGAUGGAUAGAGCAGGCUCAGGAACCAGAGCCGAUCAAACCAGUUACCUCAGGCCUAGGACAGAAAGGGGUCCUGCCAGCGCAUCUCAGCUCUCUGUUGAAGGAUUGCAGCCAGAACUUGACAGCUGACCAGAACGACAGAGCUAAAUCGUUUCUCCGAAGUUAUGCAGGUCUCUUUGCUAGGGAUGACAGUGACCUAGGUCAGUGCCAGGCCCAUCAAACACGCGCCAGACGUGUCGCUCUACAUGCACGGGAUGAAUUCGACAAAGAACUCAAUUCAAUGUUGGAGCGCAAGGUGAUAGAACCCUCCACUAGCCCAUGGGGUGCUGGAGUUGUCCUUGUGAGAAAGCGGGACGGCAAGCUGAGGUUUUGUGUUGACUACCGGGGUUUGAAUGCAGUUACCCUCCAGGACGCCUACCCCUUGCCAAGAGUUGACGACUCCCUUGACGCACUCAGCGGCGCCACCUGGUUUUCAACAGCGGAUCUGAUGCCUGGGUAUUGGCUGGUGGAGGUACACCCAGAUCACAAGCCCAAGACAGCUUUCGCCACUAAGAGAGGACUGUUUCAAUUCAAUGUCCUUCCAUUUGGGCUGUGCAACGCCCCUAUCACCUUUGAGCGGAUGACGGAGUCUGUUCUAGCUGGACUUUAG